AUGAAUCCAAUUUCCCCAACAUUUGCACUGAACCGAUUCACCUUCUCUCCUUACAGCUGAUCUCAGAUCUGCCGUUAUUAACUCUUUCAUAGCUGCUCUGCUCCUGGUUCCGGCCAAUGAGGCGCGAAGUUACACAGCCCAGAUUCGGCUCCACGUGGGAAUUUGUCUGUUCGAAGUUGCACAGGGACUUUAAUACGGCGAAAGACCAUGGCAGAAAAACCGAUAUGGGAGCAAAUCGGUAGUGGAUUCGUGCAACACUAUUAUCAGCAGUUUGAUACAGACCGCGUGAAGCUCGCUGAUCUGUAUACCGAUGCUUCCUGUUUGACAUGGGAAGGAGAGGGGUUUCAAGGGAAGACCGCAAUCAUGACCAAACUAAGUAGCCUUCCCUUUCAGUCCAUUAAGCACAGCAUCACCGCUCAGGACCAUCACCCCACUCCAGACAGCUGUGUCAUGAGUAUGGUCAUGGGCCAGCUCAAAGCUGAUCAAGACCAAGUUAUGGGCUUUCAGCAAGUCUUUUUGCUGAAGAAUGUAGAUAACAAAUGGGUCUGCACCAAUGACAUGUUCCGAUUAGCUCUUCAUAACUUUGGAGCAUAGUAUGUAGUAUUUACAGUCCAUGCAACUUUGUAUCUGGAGUACGGUUUCAUCUUUCACAUUCCGAACAGAUUUUGUCGUAUUUUGCCAAGGAUCCUGAAGGCUCAUGAUCAUCUUCAGAUAAGAAAAAGACAUGUUAGAAACAACUGAUUAUAAUAAUCAUAAUUUGUAUGUUGUGGCAUGCACUGUUUGAAAACAACUUCAGUUUGAUAAUACAUCUCCAGUUAGUACAAUCCAUCUUUGAAUGCCUAUGCAUCACUGUUUUAGUAAAAUGUCUUUGUUCCUGAUUUAUGAUCAUCUAAAUAAUAAAAAAAUCGAUUUUACAUUAGCAAAACAAUCAAGACCAAGAAUGCUAUUAGAAAAUGGCAUCAGGGAAAGGAAAAUGUUUGGAUGCCU